AUGGCUAGUGACGGCUUCUUCGAGGAUGUGGCGGCGUGCUUUGGCACGAAAGCACAUCAAGAACAGAGUCCGCAAUCCGGUGAAGUUUUUGCUGUCUCGUCCGAAUUGAGUACCAAUAUCACGAGUGUGUCAAGCUGCGGGACGCUGGGGGACACUAUUAAAACACGGAAGGAGAAGGAGGCACUUCGGAAGAGGCAGUACCACCACCGACUUCGAGCCGAGCGCGACACACUACGGCGAGAGGUGGACGAAUUAACUCUUCAGCUACAGCGAUUAAAACAGACUCAAGCCGGAAGAAGCCUUGCGAUUUACGAGCGUCACCAGCACGUCAUAGCGGAGACUGAGCAAAUUCUUCUCUUUGCGGCCGCGAGAGCCCAAGCUGCGCAUAUUGAGACGUAUCAUGGCCACCAAUCGGCUGCCAGUGUGACCACGACCCCAGUAGAUUCGAUACUUCAAGCCCCUGCCCGCUCAAGCUUCGACCAGAUUUUGUUUGUGGUCCACUUGAGGGGGUUAGAGUCGUGCUGCGCCCGAGUUGAUCAAGUAUUUCGCGAGCUGGAGAUGAUUAAUCUGCCCGACGGAGUUACAACCACGCUGUAUCGAUGCCAAGACGGUGGGGGUGCGAUGCAACACCUAAACAAGUUUGUCCAGCCGUACAACUACGAAGACACCCAUACAGCGAUAUGGAAGCUGUCCAAGCUGCACCACCGACAGCAGGAUCGAGAGAUGUUCCUCGGUCUGAUUGAUGAUGAAGAAUUCAACGUGAUCAGGUUCCGCCUGAUCCGCACGUUAGCAGACGGGAGAAAUGUUUCCGUGCUCCAACGGUACAUCAUCCGUCGACGUGUGGAGAAGAACCGCACGAUGUUGGUCUGGAAAACCAUCUCGGAGGGGGAAGGAUACUUUUGUGGGUUGUAUAUGGACGAGUCGGGGUGGGUCUGUAUUGAGCCUGCGACGGAAGAGGGCUCGACUUUGGUGAGGAUUUGUGUCCGUCAAACUCCUAUGCGCUUCAACUUUUGCCGCGUGCCUCCGUCGGUUAUUGGCGAGUUCGCUCGAGUGAUGCAGAGCUCAGUGGAAGAGGAUAUGCGGGAGAUCUCGAGUUCUCUUGAUAAACUGCAGCUGGACGCUACGUUGGAAGGCAUCGACAUUUAA